UAGCGUUAGCCAAUUGUUUUCAACUCAUCAUCAUCGUCGUUGUGGUGUGGGUGGGUAUACACAUACGAUUGAACAAACUCAGAAAACUCCGGCGUCUGUUUACCGCUAUCAUCAUUCUACCGGGAAGACAAAAAGGGGUUUCUCCGAUCGUCGAAGAGAUUCUUUGGAUCUGUCUCCUUCAUUCCUUCCUGGGUCAAUUUUCGAUUCAGCUCCCUGUUUGAUUUUUAUUGGUUUUGGGAAGGCUGCGAUGUUGUUUGAGGGGCAUACCAGGAAACCACCUUCGCUUGUUGAUCUUUGCGUUAGGAAAGCCAUUGAUAAUGUAAAGUACAUUGGAUAUGUUGGUGGAGUUGAUCUUCAUCUCCUUGAACAGAUUAUGCAACACUGUACACUGGAACAGCUGAAGCACAUUGAGGAUUCUACUCAAGACACAGAUCUUAGUCCAGUCACCGAUAAUUUUUGGAAGGGAUUCUAUGAGAAGCACUUUGGUGAAGAGGCCUUGAAUGACACUAUGGAGGGGAUGAAGCGGAAUAAAGUUAAUUUCAAAUGGAGGGAUUUAUAUGAGGCUAAGGUUAUAAGCGUGCAAGAGAAGGAAAAGGAAGUUGUUGAUCGACUGAAACAACGUUACAAGAACGAAGAUGAAAGAAAACAAAGUCGACAAACUAAGGUCUGCUCCAAAGCUCCUCCAAGCAAGAGACCAUUUUGGGGUAAUACUGCAUCAGGUUACAAUCUUGGGCAUGUGAAGAGCAAUAUCAUGAAAAAGGCAAAAAUAGAUCUGUUGAAGAGCCAAGAAGUGAAAAAUCUUACUGCCAUUAAAAGGAACACGAUUCAUAAGAGUUCCAGUGUUCCUACUCCAAAGAGGACUGGCUUAUCUGCGAAUGCGCCUUCAACUUCGAGAAGCAUUCCUUAUGGUGGACGAAAUCUUACUGAAACUAAAAGGAACACGAUUCAAAAGAGUUUCAGUAUUUCUGCUCCAAAGAGGACUGGCUUAACCGUAAAUUCGCCUCCAAUUUCAAGAAGCAUCCCUUCUGGUGGACAAAGGCUACCUCCAAGGAAGAUGAACAGCGUUCCUGGAACUGCUCCUUCAACUUCGAAAAAUGCAGCCUCCAGACAAAAAAACAUAUAAAGCUUUGUUUACAGAUCAUUUUUUCUUUAAGUGUAUCAUUUACAUGGCUGCUCCAAGUUUCAAGAAUUCCGAAUUUUGAAACUUUGUAGCUUGACGAUACCCUAUUUAAAUGCUUUGUUUUCUACUU